GCGAAGAAGCCGUCGCCGUUCCGCGUUCCUCGUUCCUCGUUCCUUGUCCAAUAGAGCUCCGAAGAAGAGGAAGGCGAAACUGAGGCGUCCCUCGGCCAGAUCGAUCUCUCUGCUUUGGCUCCGUCGCUGAGUUCUCCAGGAACUAUGGGUCUCACCUUUACAAAGUUGUUCAGUCGCCUCUUUGCAAAGAAAGAGAUGCGGAUCCUGAUGGUUGGUCUGGACGCCGCUGGUAAGACAACCAUCCUCUACAAGCUCAAGCUUGGAGAAAUAGUCACUACCAUUCCCACUAUUGGGUUCAAUGUGGAGACUGUUGAGUAUAAAAAUAUUAGCUUCACUGUUUGGGAUGUUGGCGGUCAAGACAAGAUCAGACCUCUUUGGAGGCAUUACUUUCAGAAUACUCAGGGCCUUAUCUUUGUCGUUGAUAGUAAUGACAGAGAUCGAGUUGUUGAAGCAAGGGAUGAGCUCCACAGAAUGCUUAAUGAGGAUGAAUUACGGGAUGCCGUGUUGCUUGUUUUUGCGAACAAACAAGACCUUCCAAAUGCAAUGAAUGCAGCUGAAAUCACUGAUAAGCUUGGUCUUCACUCCCUACGCCAACGACAUUGGUACAUCCAGAGCACCUGUGCCACAUCCGGCGAGGGCUUGUACGAGGGACUUGAUUGGCUCUCCAGCAACAUCGCUAGCAAGGCUUAACGUUACCCACAAUGCACAAGAGCAUAUCUUCUCUAGCUUGGGUAAUUUCUAGCUCAUCGUGUGCGGACUAUUUUUCCAAUGCUUUUUCUGUUUAGCAUUUUAAGUUUUUGUUGCUCAGAAAUGUAGUCUUGUUCGCUAAUGUCUAGUUAUCCAGUUGCAUUCGUGGCUAGUUAUUUUUCUAAAUGCUUGCAUAUUAAUUUGUAUCAUUAACAAAUAAUGUCUGGAGUUGCUUA